AUGCUAGCCCAAGCACCCGAGGGCGGCUCCGCGGACAGGCGGACAGGAGAAGACGGCGUGCCGACUGAAGGCUCGUUGCCGAAUGGGGUUCCAACGGCAGCUCAGAUUUCUGGCUUGGUGGGAGGCGGUCAUGGUUUGGAAAAUCCGAAUGUACAUGACCCAGCACCUGCUUUCGGAGAUCGACCCCUAGGAGCUGUAUCUCAGACUACACGAGCGAGUGCUCACCCUGAGCAAGUGGACCCAAACUACGGCAUUCAAGACCUUGGGGGCAAUGCAAUGAAUCAUAAAGUUAUGGUCGUAGGGACAACGCCGAGACCUCCUCAGCCUGCGAGAAGGGAAAGAAUGACUCCGACGAGCUCUAUGAGGCUACAGGAGUUUUUCUCAGCAGAGAGUACACAUGAGGGUCAAGAACAAAGCGGAGAACUACAGUGCAUAGAGGAGCUACUGGCAUGGAUCGAGUAUGGGAUCAAUUCAGACUUCCGAGUGUUCCCCAGCCUCAAGCGGUCCGUGAACUACAAGUACGAACUACGACUACGGGAUUUCCCAGCUCACCAACCACUACCACCUCCAGUGCCAUUGUCAUGGUCGACUACGAGGCAAGAACCUCCUCUUUUCGAUGCGAGGCAGCUGGAGCAGAUGCGCAGAGCUCAGAUGGAACAUCCAUGGAUAUACGGCAAUGUAGGCCAGCAGUCGGAACCUGAAAGUGACCACUCUUCUCGCCUGCAAGCUGAAGUACAAAGGCAACUUGAAGAAUACACGGCUCGCUACCACCAACAGGUGCAGUCACUGAUGAGGGAAGUGGAUCAACUGAGAGAUGAGCGAAGCUACUGGAUGGGCAGAGCUUCUCGAGGUGUUGAGGGGCAAGACCACUCAGUACCUGGAGGGGGUCUUCCGAAUCUACCACCAGUUGCUCCGCUACCACCGGGAGUCCGACAGUACCUCAAGGGAAUCCACAGCAGUCAACCCGGGAAGGUCCUACUGAAUUUCGGAGUGAACUUCCUCUACCACAAAGAGAUCCAGGCCGAGUACUUCAAGGUUCCGAUGCACUUCAAGGUCCCACAGGAGUGGGUCGUCAAUGGUACCGUUCUUCCACCUGUCAAUCCACUUACGAGUUCAGUGGACAUCAUGGACUGGUUGGAGAUGAUUACAACGACAAUGCAGGACCUUUCCGAUGGAAGCGCAGAGUGGUGGAACCGGGUGAAGAAGGCGGCUACUGAUGCCUACGUGGUUUGGGCAAACUCCUCGCCAGUGGAGAAGCUGGUGAUUCAGCCUCCUCGAGAAGAGGAGCUGGAGGAGAUGGUUCAGCGGAGGUCUACGGGAUCAACGUGUGCCUUGAUCUUCAGACUGCUCACCCUUUACCAACCGGGCUGUGACAUCCCUGAGGGCAUGGGCGAGGUGGCUACGCAGAUGCCGCGAGUUGAAAGUGGCAGCACCAGACCCGACGUGGAAGUGAGUUUUCGGACAAGUUUGGUGCGAAGUACUUUGCUGGUGGACACAACGCCCUCCUAUGACUCGGUGGAGAAAUACUACCACCACUUGUUGGCGGAAUGUGAGGCUAUGGCUGUGUCCACUUCAACGAUGAGAAACCUCAAGGAGAAGAUGGCGAUCGAGCAGCAAAGGUUCUCCGAGCCCUGGUACGCCAAAGGCGGGACCGCCGUCGAGGCCAUUCCACCUCGAGAAGCGAGCUCCUCAUUGCCUUCGGCACCACCCGUGGACCUUCAGGAAGUGCUUGCCGAUGUGGGGAAGAUGUUAAAGUCUAUGUCAGCAACAAGUUUGAAAAAGAUCUCAGUGAUGGAGAUGGGAUUCAAAGAGAAGCUGGACGCUGUGGGAGCGCAGCUCAAGACCUCUGUUGUGAAGGAGGAGGCUUCUAUGAGCGGUCUCUUAGAAAGCGGUGCGAGCCAUGCCAUGCGAGUGGCGACAGAGGAAGAGUACCAGAAGGGACAACCUGUCUCCGUGACACUGGCAGGAGAGGACGUGCGGGUUCUACGGCAAAACCUUCAAGGCACAGUGCUUGUUCGAGAUGAAGAAGGGCAAGUCGUGCAACCAAUAGUGCCGUUAGGACCUGUCAUUGAGGAACUUGGCUGCACCUUGAAGUGGAAGAAGGGAUCGCUCCAGCUUUUUCACCCGAAAUGGGGAAUGAUGAGAGUGAAGUUGGUGAACAAUUGCCCUGAGAUCCAAGCAAGAGAAGCUCACGAACUCAUCCGAGAACUAGAGGCGAAACACCUCCUCCUCCUCCUCCUGAACAACCAAGUCGAGAACCUCACGGCCCGUUUGGAGGUUAUGAAAAAGGAGGAGAAAAAGUCGUGGCUGGACCUACUACGGGAAUACGCCAGCUCAGGCAAUCAAAGCAUUUUGCUGAAGGUGAUCCUCACAUGCCCCUUCACCAAGGACCUGCCGGAAGAUGUGAAGGCAAUGCUGGUUGAGGGUUUCGACGUUGGCCACGGUGAAAGGUACUUGAAGGACCUCCCGAUUACGAGGAAGAAGAGGCGUGCUUUGAUGGCUCACAAUCAAUGGGUUGUCAAUCUUCGCUCCGGAGAAGACCAGGGCAAGAAUGAUCCGUUUGAGGCUGUGCCGAAGGGCGGAAAGAUUGUGUUGAACAUUGACUUCAUGAACUCCAAGCUAUGGGACAUGAACAGAAAAGGUGGAGUUUACCGGUUGUUGUUGUGGGCGGCUUCCCAGGGACUCGAGCCGAACCUUAUUCCACCUCUACAGCAGCUCGAGACAGGAGAUGUAGCGCGGACUUUCGUGCUAUGGAUGCUUGCCAUGGUGAAGGGCCCCGGGGAAGUUGGCCUCCUGAUGGAAUUUCCUUCAGAUGAACAAGUGAUUCGUGAGCAAGAUACACCCAGGGCCUCUCUAUGGGAAACUGAGCUGCGGAACUCCUUCAGAUCGAUUACCUCCAUGAAGAGAGCUUCAUUCUACAUGGGAGCUUACGGACAUCGGGCUUUGAGACCUACAACGAUGGCCACCAACUACCCCGAAAUGAUCCAGUUAGAUGGCGUGUAUGAGUUUGGGAACAACUGUGUUCCCCCUUCUCUUCUUUUUGAAGGAGAAAUGAAGAUGUGGCCAAGCGCUUUUAAACAAGCGGUUGUCAAUGCGAUCCUCAACUACCACAAGUGCGAGGUUCAGAUGGAAGAGGAACUGCUCAAGGCGGGCGUGCGAAUUGGAAAGUUAACCAAGGAACAGCGUGAGGCUUGGUAUGUUCACUUGCUCAACGACCAUCAGCCAUACAGGGCAGAUUGCUCGGUUUGCAUAAAUGCUCAGGCCACCGGCUACAAGCACAUGAGGAGGAAACAUCCCUCCCUCUACUCAAUGGCCCUGGAGUUGGCAGGACCUUUCAAGCAGUCCGGCAGAGACAUGGACCAUGAGGAUUACAAGUACAUUCUGGUGGCAGCCUACAGAUGCCCCAAAAGCUACCUCUCGGAGAAGGCGGCUAAGGAGCUGGACGCAGAGCUAUAUGUUCCAGAUGAACCUGAGGACCUGCUGGAUGAUGCAAUGGAAGAAGAAGAGGACCAUAAGGGCCACUCCGAUCCAGAAGCACCACCCUCAGGAGGAGAAGAUGUUGAGCCAAUGGGACCGGAGACUCUGGACGAUGCCGUGGAGCAGUUGGAAAAAGCGGAGGAAACGGUUACCUUGUACAUCACCAGACCCUUGAGGAGGAGGACGUCGGCUCAUGUGUUAAGUGCCACCAAAGAGAUAUUUCUACAGCUCAAGCAGUGCGGCUUACAUGUGGCGCAAGUUCAUUCUGAUCGGGCACGUGAGUUCAAGGCGAAGAUCUUCAAAGAAUGGGUCGUGGACAAUGAACUACGGCAGACUAAGACGGCUGGAGGAGACCCAACGGGCAACAGCACGGCGAAGUUGGGAAUCAAGUGGGCCAAAAGUCGAGUACGUGCACUUCUUAAAGGGUGUGGCGCUCCAGCAAAGGAAUGGCCUAUGGCUGUGGCACAUGCAUCUUCGGCACUGUGGUCUGCUGCAUUCCCUGGCAGUCCCUGGGCGGCGAGACCGGCAGCACCCUUCGGAAGUGAAGUUUGGUUUAGGUCCAAGAUGUUCCAAGGGAAGGCAGAAAAACGUCAUGAUGUCACCGGUUCAAGGUGGAAACGAGGAUGGUAUCGUGGACCAGCGCAAGAUGUUGCAAGAGGCCACUUAAUUGUUCGUGAAGAUGGUGGCCUCACGGUGGCGAAGAGUGUAAAGUUCAACGUCGUGGACCCCGCGAAGGAGUUCAAGGACUUGAUCACCCCCGCCGUUGCGGAAGGAUUACCGGAAGAGCUACUGUCCGGAAAGACCCCACGUACACGAAAAGAAAUCCAUGAUGAAAUCGAGUUUCGCGCUCGCAUGCUGAAGGAGGGCAAGGACUACUCCCUCAACAAGGUCGUGGAACUCUAUCGAUUGCUGGAGUGUUUGGGGGAUGUGGGUCGCAAAGUCUCCAAGAAGGCUUCGGUUACGUCCUGGUACACUGGAGCUUAUGUUCACGGGGGAGUUGCUGGUCUGAGGUCCAAUAUGACCGAAUACCCCUACACCACGCAGUACCUGGUUGAGGUGGCCAAGCAUCACUGUGGGGAAAUACAGUUUUCGGCUAUUGGGAUCGCCAAGAAUACCCUGCUAGGUUUACGUGGAGAUGUUCACAAGUAUCCGGCUUCAAAGAAUCAUGUUCUGCCUCUUGGAGAUUGCGUUGGGGGAUCAUUGUGGGUUCAAGACGAGUGUCCUGGAGGUGAAGGUCGUGAGGAGCGAGUUCUUCCCAAUGGAAAAAGUAUUUCAGGCCGCGUGAUUGAAAUGAAGAAGGGUGAGGUGGUGUCGUUUUCUCCCAAACUCUGGCGUGAAGUUCAACCUUGGGAAGGGGAAAGAUUGGUGCUGCUUAUGUAUACGCCGAGGGCAACGAAGCUUGGUGAAGAAAAAGCAGAAGAGCUCCUCAAGACCGGUUUCAAUGUGGAUAUGUCUUCUCUCAUACAGGAAGAUGUGGAUACCUUGGAAGAGGAGGAGCUCGGGGCCAUCGAUAUGAAGAUGUUGCAAGCUACUUCCUUGGAUCCUACGCCCCAGGUCUUUGAAGAGAUAGAUGAAAGGGACUGGAUCAAAGAGAACGAAGUGGAUCAAGGGACAGUCCUCGAGGAGCGCGUUGAGGUGAGUCUCAAGAAGAUGAUCAAGAAGGCCGAGGUCCAGUACACCCAGAAUGCGGAGGACAUCUUGAAAGAGUGUGAGGCACAGGGCAAGCAGUUGGAAGUGACACAUACCAUAAGCUUGAAUGACGUCAAGAAGAACCUUUCUAAGUGGAAGGAGUCAGCCCUAAAGGAAUUCCACAACCUCACUGAGACGAAGAAGGCCUUGAGUUACCACCUGAAUGUCGGAUUGAGAAAGACCAGCUUUGUGGCUUGUGGGAACCACAUCUCCGAGCAAAAUGCCGGGUUCGACUUGUUUGCGGCGGGACUAGAUGCUACCUCUCUGAGAACCAUGUUGGCGUUCAAUGCAAAAAGGAAGUGGUCCCUGGGUACAACAGACAUCAGACAAGCCUUUGUCCUUGCGAAGUGGAAGGGACAACCAGUGGCACUGGAACCGCCUGGUAUCGCCUACGAGCUGGGAAUCGCCCAGCCGGGCGACAUGUGGUUUGUGGAACAGGCCAUUUAUGGACUGCGAGAAUCCCCAGCCCUUUGGUCACAGCACAGGGACGAAGAGCUCAAGAUAUGGAAAGUGGUGCACGAGAACCUCCCAUCUGAGCCCCUCGGUUACCUGCUGGUGUACAUUGACGACCUUUUAAUUCAAGCGCCCGACAACAUCAUGCAAUGUGAUGCUUUGGACGUCCUUGACUACAACCACCCCAUCAGAUUUGUUGGACUGGAACUACAUCGAGUUCCAGGAGGAGUGGAGCUGGCUCAGGAAGGCUUCAUUGCGGAGUUGUUGAGGGCCUACAAACACGAUGGGACAAAGUUCAAAGAGGAGGAAGCGAUUGUCAAAGGGGAAAUUCCUCAGCUACCUGAAUAA